AUGGUUAGAAGUUUAGUAAAAGAAUGUGGACUUGAAGAUAAAGUUGAUUUUUCUGGUAUCCAUAGACAUCCACCACAUAAAAAUAACAAAAGCAGUAAACCACAUAUUCUAAAAAUACCCUUUACUGAUACCAAAUCUCGUGAUACUUUUUUAUACUCAUUUCGUAAAUGUGUCAAAUCUCUUCCUAAUGUUCCUAAAAACAUAACAGCCAGACGCGAUAUGACCCAAUAUGAAUUAAAUAUUCUUUAUAACCUUCGUAAACAAGCUUAUGACCUUAAUGUUCGUGAAAAUUUAUUUAAAUACUUUGUUGUUGAUUUAGAAAUUCGUAAAAUGUCACAUCCAAAACCUCUUAAGGUAAAAACUGUUUCCGCAUAG